CUGACAGAGAGCAGAGCUGCAGUUGAGACAAGUCUCUCUGUGUCUCUCUAAAGAAAUGUUUAACUGAUCCAGCAGGUUCUUCUCAACAACAAACACCGAGUGCAGAUAUGUCUGCUGCCAGCUGUUUUCUGACUGAAAAUCAGUUUCUGUGCUCCAUCUGUCUGGAGGUGUUCACUGAUCCAGUCGCCAUACCAUGUGGACACAACUUCUGCAAAACCUGCAUCACUGAACACUGGGAUUUUAAUGUCCAGUGUCAGUGUCCGAACUGUCAAAAAGUUUUCAACACAAGACCAGAGCUGCAGGUCAAUACUUUAAUUUCUGAGAUAGCUGCUCAGUUCAGACAGCCAGCUCAACAGAGCGCCAGCAGAAGCAGCUCAGAGCAAAAACUUUCAAAUCUCAAAGAAGUUCCCUGUGACAUCUGUACUGGAACCAAACUGAAGGCCGUGAAGUCCUGCCUGGUGUGUCUAGUCUCCUACUGUGAGACUCACCUGGAGCCUCAUCUGACAAUAUCAAGUCUGAAAAGACAUCAGCUGGCCGACUCUGUGGAGAACUUGGAGGGCAGGAUGUGUACGAAGCAUGAUAAACUGCUGGAGCUGUUCUGUAAGACUGACCAGAUGUGUGUCUGCAUGCUCUGCACUAUUUCGGACCACAAGACACACGAUGUUGUUCCUCUAAAAGAAGGAUAUGAGGGAAAGAAGGCCGAGCUGGAGGAUGAAAUUCAAGAGAUGAUCCAGAAAAGACAAGAGAAGGUUGAAGAGAUCAAAAACUCAGUGGAGCUCAGUAAGGAUGACGCAGACCGAGAGAUAGCAGAUGGUGUUCAGGUCCUCACCACUCUGAAGGAGUCUGUUGAGAGAAGCCAGGCCGAGCUAACUGACACAAUCAAAGAGAAGCAGAAAAAGACAGAGAAACAGGCUGAAGGCUUCCUCACAGAGCUGGAACAGGAAAUCUCUGACCUGAGGAAGAGAAGCACUGAGGUGGAGCAGCUCUCACAGUCUGAAGACUAUCUCCACCUCCUCCAAAGCUUACUAUCCCUGAACACUGCUUCACUCACCAAGGACUGGACAGAAGUCAGUGUCCAUCCACUGUAUGCAGGGACUGUGAGUAGAGUUUUGGCUCCCCUGGAAGAGAUGCUCAGUGAACAGAUUAAGAAGAUGUUUGGGGUUGAGCUGAAGAGGGUCCAGCAGUACACAGUGGAUGUGACUCUUGAUCCUGAUACAGCAUAUACCAAACUCAUCCUGUCUGAUGAUGGGAAACAAGUAAAAAGUGGUAAUGACUGGAAGUUUCUCCCAGACAAUCCAAAGAGAUUUGAUACAUGUCCUAAUGUCUUGGCAAAGCAGAGUUUCCCUUCAGGAAGAUUUUAUUACGAGGUUCAAGUUAAAGGGAAGACUGACUGGUUUUUAGGAGUGGCCAGAGAAUCCAUCAACAGGAAAGGGAGCAUCACGCCGAGCCCUCAGAUUGGCUUCUGGCUAAUAUGUUUGAGGAAUGAAAACGAGUACAAAGCUUGUGCCGGGCCUGCAGUCCCUCUAUCUCUGAGAUGUCAGCCUGAGAAGGUGGGGGUGUUUGUGGAUUAUGAGGAGGGUCUCGUGUCUUUUUAUGAUGUUGAUGCUGCAUUUCUUAUCUACACCUUUACUGGCUGCUCCUUCAUGGAGAAACUCUACCCACUCUUUUGUCCUCUUGGUGACAAUAGUGGUAAAAACUCUGCCCCUCUGAUUAUCUCUCCUGUCAAACACACUGAGUAGAACAAUUAUUUGAUUUUCCUCAGAGAGAUUCACUAUCAGGUUAAAGCAAAAAUAGGUAUGUGUUCUUACAGAAAAAUGUGUUACUGACCACCCAGCCAAAUUUGAAUGAUGAAAAAUUGCUACUGGGAGCGUGUCCACUGAAGGAUCUGAAAUGAAGGUCGAGCUGCUGCAAAGCAAUGGACUCUCAUUAGCAGCUAACCCAGUAGCACAUACAGUUUAUGGUAUCACAGCACACACCACCCAAGCCAAAAAAAAUAGUGUUGCUCUGCAGCGACAGCCUCUCGUUCAGCAGCUAACAGCAGCUAACGUUAGCACAAAGUAGGGCUGCAACUAA